CAAUUAUUUAUAUUUUAUGGGCAAUUUUUUUAAAAAAAUACUUUAAUUAUUGCAUUAUAUUAUUUAUUAAACAACCAUAUCACCUAAAUGCCUUUAACAGCUAGACAAAGAAGUAUUCAUAAUAAAAAUGGGACUAAGAGAUCAGCUAGUUUCAGUAAAGGAAAGAAAACACGUAAAUCUAGCGAAAGUGAAUUUCUUAUGACGAAUGCUCCAUCAGAUUUACGUAGCAUCGCAUACCCUGGAGGUGCGGUAGCAUUGGUGCUAUUGUUGAUAUCUCGACUUUUAGCCGCAUAUUGGAACCACAUAUCAGAUUGCGAUGAGACUUACAAUUAUUGGGAGCCAUUACAUUACCUUGUGUAUGGUACUGGCUUACAAACAUGGGAGUACAGUCCUGUGUAUGCAAUACGGUCAUACAUGCCAUUAUGGCUGUUUGCGAUACCUGCAAAAAUGUUAUCUUACAUAAUGACACCUGUAACUGUGUUCUAUACUAUUAGAGGAAUGCUAGCUACAUUAUCUGCAUGUGUUGAUCUCAUGUUUUACAAAGCUAUAUGUCAUGAGUUUGGUAUACACGUUGGUCGUGUAUGGCUGUGCCUUACACUGCCUGCAGCGGGCAUGUUCGCAAGCUCAGCCGCGAUGUUACCAUCCGCGUGGAGUUCAGCGCUAGUGGCUGCAGCACUGGCUUGCUGGUGGCGGAAACGUUAUCCUUAUGCUGUAAUGCUCACUGCUACCACUACAUUACUUAGUUGGCCAUUCACCGCAAUCCUUGGUUUACCAAUAGCAAUAGAUAUGUUGGUACUUAAAAGGCAGUUUACGGAGUUCAUCAAAUGGUCAUUAAUAUCUCUGUUAGUGAUACUGCUGCCCACUGUAUUAGUGGAUUCCUGGCAUUAUGGACGUCUGGUAAUCGCUCCUUGGAAUAUUGUAGCGUAUAACAUCUUCACUGAACAUGGACCUGAUUUGUACGGAGUGGAACCUUGGACUUAUUAUUUUGUUAAUGGCUUCUUGAAUUUUAAUAUUGUUUGGGUGCUCUCGCUGUCGUGCCCGCUACUGCUGCUGGCUUGCCGGCUCGUGGCGCCGCGCUCCACCGCGCGCGCCGCAUUCUGCGCGCCGUACUGGCUGGCGCUGCUGCCGCUGCCGCUGUGGCUGGCGGUGUUCAUGCUGCAGCCGCACAAGGAGGAACGGUUUUUAUACCCAGUGUACAGUAUGGUAGUGUUGACUGGCGCGAUAUCACUGGACUGUAUUCAGAAAUUGACUUUCGCUGUCGGCACUGAACUGUUUAGUUGGCGUAAGGAUAGAGAGAAAAGGCAUUAUUUAGCGUACACGGGACCUCUUAUGGUGAUGUGUGUUAUUUUAGCUGGGAUAGGAGGUAUAUCACGUAUAACCGCGUUAUACCACAACUACCACGGUCCGAUGACACUCCUACGUCACAUGCCAGUGUCGAGCCAGUCCCGCGUGCUCUGCUACGGCAAGGAGUGGUACCGCUCGCCGUCCAGCUGGCAUCUGCCACCGGCGCAUACUGCCAGGUUCAUCACCACGCACUUUGCUGGUCAACUGCCAGCGCCGUACCACGAAACUGCACAUGGUACUCGUAUUAUCCAUCCUUAUUUUAACGAUCAAAAUAAAGGCGAUAAUCGAACCUACGUCGAUGUGUUGGAGUGUCACUAUCUCGUGGACUCCGACAUCGGCGCGCCUUCGAGGCUCGAACCCGCGUACCACAAACACACCAACAAAUGGGAGAUUAUCGCCGCCGUGCCUUUACUAGACGCUGGCAAAUCACAUCCAUUAUUCAGAUCGUUUUAUAUCCCCGGAAUAUCAUAUAAAAAUGUCGUUUACGCAAAUUUAUAUCUUUUAAAGAAUAAAUUGUUAACCAAUUAAGGUCAUUUUCCCUUCACUAUUGAUAUCACUUUUGUAUGAGGUCUAUUACGAAUAUUUGUUUGACAGUUGCUGGACUGUAUUCGUUACGUAAUCGAGAAAUUUUGUAUGAUUUUUUUUAAGCGCUCUACAAUGUAUUACGAAAUUUUAUCGAUUACGUAACCAAAAUGUUCUCACGGAUAUUUAUGAUAAGCCCUUCAGUCUACGGUUUCAUACUUUUCAGAGUGAAUGUAUGAGAAAAUGUUGGUUUAUUGUUUGCUGUAAAAGUGGAGGAAAACGAAGUAAACGUAAAAUAUUUGCAUUUGACUUUAAGCACAUUUUUAUAUAUAUAAUUUGUUUCAUGUUAUAUUUU